CACCGACGGAAUAGCCAAUCGGCGCGCGCGGCGGCGUCGUCGUCGUCGUCGUCGUCGUUCUAUCGAGCUCGUUGGCACGCCCUGCGACUUCCAUUGUCCUUCUUUCCGGGAUUCUCUGCAAGGAAGGAUGGCACAGAACAAUUAUUUCGGCUUUACUCACGGCGGAACGCAAUAUGGGGCCACUAGCGCGGCAGCUUAUCAAACCGGCCAAGCGGGAUACGCGGUAACACCAGCGGCGACCGCCGCUACGUACACCCAACGACCCGCUGCUGCAGCUGCCACUGGUUACGAGACUUACCAGGCGGCCGCCGCUGCGGCUGCGACCGGGACAACAUACGCUGGUGUUCUUGUAGCCGCUAAUCCUGGUACUGUGGCUCAAACUUACGAUUACGGCUACGGGCGGGCUGCACCGGCAGCUACUUACGACGCUACCAAGACUUACUAUCAACAGCCAGCAGCUGCUGCUGCGACUUACACUACCACUGAGACACACUAUCAAGCUGCGAAGCCUGCGUACAGCACGACGAGCGCUUACACCGGUACCGCGAGGCAAGCUACUACCACGGGGCAGGCCAAGACCUAUCAGGCAUCCAGCACAGCUUAUCAACAGUCGAAUCCUACGCAAAGCGCGACUUACUCGUCGGGAUAUACCGCUCCCGCUACACCCGCCGCUACACCGUCAACCGCGACAAAUAUUCCCUUAGAAACGGCGAGUACAACGUAUUCCGGCUACGACGCAGCGCUAUAUAGCGCUGCGACUAUGUAUGUAGCCCAACAGAGUGCAAACAGCAAUUCCACUAACCAGAAGACUGGAGGUUGGCAGGGCUACGGGCGGAAGGGGUUCGGAGCUGGAGGGGGAGGGAUGAAGGCAAUGCGGCCCAAGCAGCCCCCGAAGCCUCAGCAACUGCACUAUUGCGAUGUCUGUAAAAUCAGCUGUGCUGGACCACAAACCUAUCGUGAGCAUCUGGAAGGACAAAAACACAAGAAGAAGGAGGCUUCGCUUAAGGUGCCUCAGCAACCACCGGCUCGUGGAGCGGGCAACAGUCUACGUUGCGAAUUGUGUGACGUUACUUGCACCGGAAAUGAUGCCUACGCAGCUCACAUCAGGGGUGCCAAGCACCAGAAAGUGGUCAAAUUGCACACAAAACUCGGGAAACCGAUUCCUAGUGCAGACCCUACCGUUCUGAACCCGAAACCGGCAGCUGCCGCGAAGACUGCGGUGACUAAGAAAGCGACAGUGACGGCGACACCUAAAAUUAAUUUUGUCGCAUCUGGAAACUUGGGCACGGUUAAUCAGAAUCAAACGACUGAAAUUAAGCAGGAGGAACCAGCCGCCGAGGAAACUGUGGAGGAAGCUGCGGUCGACGAGAAGGAUAUACAACCGGUUGGCCAAGAGUACAUUGAGGAAAACAAGUCCGAAGACGGCAAAAUCAUAAGUUUCAACUGCAAACUGUGCGAAUGUCGCUUCAACGAUCCCAAUGCCAAAGACAUGCACAUGAAGGGCCGUCGUCACAGAUUUGCCUACAAGAAGAAGGUCAAUCCGGACUUGGUCGUCGACAUGAAACCGAGCCUCAAGCAGCGAAAGAUGCUGGAGGAGAAGUUGCGCAGGCAACAGAUACGCGACGAAUAUUUACGUCGUAGGGAAGAGAUCAAUCAGCUGGGACCUAUGGGGCCUAUGCAUAUGGACGAAGACAUGAUGAUUUACUGGGAAGAGAGGCGUCGUUACGAAGAGGAAUGCGAAUACUUCGAAUGGUACCGACGAUACGGACGCGGCCCAGGCGCGGCGCCGAUCCCACGUGGUCCCUUCGCUGGACCACCGGGACCCAUGAUGAUGUAUCCGGGACCUCAAAGACGGCCAGACUCGUCAGACGAUAAGCACGUAUUGUCUCAUCAUACAACUAUCUAUCCGAAGGAACAGGAACUGUUAUCGGUUCAAAAGAUAGUUUCCCAUACCGAAAAGGCGCUAAAGUAUGUGUCGGAUUCUUUGGCCGAGGCUGGUAAAAAAACUAGUCCCGCAAAUGCCAAUUCUACCGCGACGACACCUACGACUGCCGCGACUCCACAGGCAAACGCGAAUGCGGACGCGUUGAAGAAGGAGGAGGCGGACAAGAAGAAGGCGACCACGCCUCAGAAGGAAGACGGCAGCGAUGGAAAUCUCUUUUCGUUUCAAAAGGAGAAGGAAGAUUCCAGAAUACUUCGCGGAGUUAUGCGCGUCGGCAACUUGGCCAAAGGCCUGUUAUUAUCUGGUGAUAAUCACGUUUGCCUGGUUGUUUUGUGCGCUGAGAAACCGACAAGAGCGUUGCUCAACAAGGUCGCUGAGAUUCUGCCCGGUGAGCUGAAGAACGUCGCCCCGGAGGACACGUACAACGUCGGGAAGCAUCCGGAGUCCGCGGCUCUAACCGUUUCAGGGGGUACAGUCACCGUCAGCGUGACACUCACUAGUCCUUUGAUGCGUGAGACACCUAAGACGACCGCGGCAGCAGAUAAUGCUGGACAGCAGCAGCAGGAAGCUGCUCAACUGCAAACAACGCCCGCGGCCCCUACCGUGACGAAAGCAGACCCUCCGGACGUACUUCCCAAGGCUAAGUGUUUGGAGGCUUUAGCUGCACUCAGGCAUGCCAAGUGGUUUCAGGCUAGAGCGACUUCCCUGCAGAGCUGUGUUAUGGUUAUCCGUAUAAUGCGCGACCUUUGCAAUCGUGUGCCGACAUGGGGUCCGCUGAAUCCAUGGGCAUUGGAAUUGCUGACCGAGAAGGUGAUCAGCACCGCGGGAUGUCCCCUUAGCCCUGGUGAAGCUUUAAGGAGGCUCCUGGAAUGCGUAGCCGGUGGAAUAUUACUCCCAGGCAGUCCGGGAUUAUCAGAUCCGUGUGAGAAGGAAGCGGUCGACGCGAUAGGCAAUAUGACGUCUCAGCAGCGAGAGGACAUCACCGCUUCUGCGCAACAUGCAUUGCGUUUAGUAGCGUUCCGGCAAAUCCAUAAGGUUCUCGGUAUGGAGCAGCUACCACCGCCGAAGUUUAAGGGUCGAUUUGCGCGUAAACGAAGACGCGACAACAGCAACGGCGAGGGCACUGACAGCGAGGCUUCGAAGAAGGACAAGAAGGCGGAGGAGAUCAAAAUGGAGACCGAUUCCAAGUAGAUCCACCAAAAGAUUCGUUUUACGAGAUAUUCGUAAUUCUUGCGUAGAAUAAGGAAACAGUUUUUUCCCGCUGUUGCUUGUAUUAGCGAGUCAUCGCGCCGUAUUGGGACAACACGAAGCCGGAUAAAUGAUAAUCGUUGUAAUUCUGAGGUCGGGCGCAAUAACCACCUAAUCAGAUAAUAAAGCGAUUGGAAAAAUCACACGAGGCAUAACUCGCGGAUUCACCAUACGCCGCUCCUCUCGCCUCUACGUCUACGUCCUUAAUGUAAGAUUAUUUCAUGACGAUGCUAAAGGGUCUCUUCUCUACGAUAGACGGCAUGCCGAUACACAUAGUGUCGUAUAAAUAUGUUUUCUCUGAUAGGCAAUUGAUGUAUACAUCAAUUGAAGUAGAUUUUAAAUAGCACUGAUUGUCUGUUCGAGAAAGCUCUCGCGUACAUUAGACGUUAAAAGCGCUGAGCGCUUUUUUCGCAUCGCGAUACACUAUCGGGUAAUUUAUGUAUCGUAGAGCUGCCGUUUACUAUUGCCAUGAAGUAAAUUUAGUCUUGACAUUAGGUUUGCAUUGGCAAAACUAAUCGAUGGUUGCAUCCAUUGACUUGGGCGCAUUGUCUUGUAAUUGUUCAGGUACGACUCCGCGUUACGAGCGUAUGAACAGAAAGAAUUUUGAACGAAGAGAGCUAAAAAAUAAUAAACAUUUAUAAGUUUAAAGUUAAGAAUAGAAAAUAGAUUGUAUUGAGAA